UUUUUUGGUCCCGUAACUAACUAGCGCCGCAGAGCUUGCUCCCUCCCGACGGGCUACCACAAUGUCUGGUCUUCUCGCUUCCUCUCACCCCUACCUCUUCUCUCUAAACCCUAAACCCCUCUAUCGCCUCCUCUCUCUCCGCUCCCCAUCCCCCUCCGUUCCCUUCUCUUUCGCCUCGCGGAACCCUCGCAUCAUCUGCUUCUCCUCCCCCUCCGCCGUCCCCGGCGAAGGUCGCGGCCGACGUCGGAGAAGAAUCUCCAUCUCUAACUCGUCGAAUGACGAAGACCGCUCCCCCGAGCCGGCGGGAAUCUCCGAUGAGUGGGGGGAGAAGGCCGAGCCGGAGGCCGAGCCGCCCUCGGAGGCGGAUCCGCCCAAGGACGAGGAUGAAUGGGGGAGAGAGCAAGGGAAGGCUGGCGCGGCGGCCCGAAUCGUAGACGAGUGGGGGGAGGAGGCGGAGCCGGAGCCGGAGCCGCUGUCGGACGCCGAUACCCCCAUGGACGAGGACGAGUGGGGGAAAGAGCCGGGAUCAGGAGGAAUGGGGUAUAUAUCGGGGAAUGGCAGUCCGGUGCCGUCCGACAAGCUUGGCGACUUGAAGCGGUGCCUGGUUGAUACUUUAUACGGGACAGAUUUUGGUUUGAGGGCGUCGGCGGAGGUCCGGGCCGAGAUCUUGGAGCUGGUCAACCAACUGGAAGCGGAGAAUCCAACUCGAGCACCGACUACGUCACCGGAGCUUCUUGAUGGAAACUGGAUCCUGCUGUACACAGCAUUUUCUGAGCUUUUACCUCUUCUAGCAGUCGGGGCAACACCAUUAUUGAAAAUUAAGAAGAUAUCUCAGGCAAUUGACACUAAAAAUAUGACUAUAGUCAAUGCCACAAUGCUCUCCAGCCCAUUUGCCACUUUCUCCUUUAGUGCAUCAGCUUCAUUUGAAGUUCGGAGCCCAUCAAGGAUACAGGUCCAGUUCAAGGAAGGAACUUUUCAACCUCCGGAGAUAUCAUCAACUGUGGAUCUACCUGAAAAAGUAAAUAUUUUUGGGCAGUUGAUUGACCUGAAACCUGUUCAACAGACGUUGAACCCUGUACAAGAAAACAUUGCAAACAUUACACGUGCUAUCUCUGGCCAGCCACCUCUUAAAGUCCCACUUCCUGGAAACAGUGCUCAGUCCUGGCUUCUAACAACUUACCUUGAUCAAGAUUUUAGAAUUUCAAGAGGCGACGGGGGUUUGUUUGUUCUGGCAAAAGAAGGGAGCCCUCUGCUGGAUCAGCUGUCAUGAAAGUUAUUUGGAAGAUGAUUUUGUUGCUUCACAUCAUUCAUGCAUCAAUCCAGUUUGAGGCCUACCAUCCUGCUUUCUUUAACAUGUUUUAUUGUCAUGAAGCAAAUAUUAGGGAUUCUCUCAUAAAAUGAUUUUUUAGCUAAUUAUAUGGGAUCUGUCAAUACUGAAUACUGAUGGAGUCCUCAGCUCCAUGUAUAGUUGCCUUAACACUCAAAUGAUCAUAUCAUGAACUGUUCAAUUUUGAUUCA